GCCCGAGUAUAGAUUGUCAUCGCUGUAGACUCUGUCAGCCUUUCUCCAGUCACUAUGGACCUCAGUGGAAUCCUUAUUCUUGUUUUCAUCUUUCUGGUCGCCCUCCUAUUUCUAUCUCAAAGGAGAAACCAAUUGAGAGGGAAAUUACCCCCUGGGCCUACUCCACUUCCAUUUAUUGGGAACAUGCACCAGGUUAAGAUGAAUGACCUCAUUAAGUCCUUGGUUGAGCUCAGCAAAAAAUAUGGUCCUAUGUAUACUUUCUAUCUGGGGUCACGUCCAACUAUUGUACUGUGCGGGUACCAGGUGCUGAAGGAGGCCCUUAUUGACUACGCUGAGGAGUUUAGUGGCAGAGGAGAAUUUCCUGCAGUUCAGAUGUACAGCAAGGGAAAUGGUAUUGUUUACGGGACAGGAGAAAGAUGGAGGCAACUUCGACGUUUUGCUAUUUCCACUUUGAAGAAUUUUGGCAUGGGAAAGAGAAGUCUGGAGGAGAGAGUAAAAGAAGAGGCCCAGUAUUUGAUAGCUGAGUUCAAAAAGAGUGAAGGGAAGCCUGUGGACCCAACUUUUGGCUUCAGCUCGGCUGGCUCCAAUAUAAUUUGUUCUUUGGUCUUUGGGGAGAGGUUUGACUACAGAGAUGAAGAAUUUUUGACUUUGCUUUAUCUCAUCAACAACAGCUGGCACUUAAUGAGCUCCACUUGGGGGCAGCUUCUCUUUGUUUUUCCAAAAAUCAUGAAGCAUAUUCCAGGUCCACAUAGACAAAUUUAUAAAAACUAUCUGAAACUUGGGGCUUUUGUAGCCAAAAGACUUCGAAUGAAUAAAGAAACGCUUGACCCAAACAAUCUACGUGACUUCAUUGACUGCUUUCUAAUAAAGGUUGAGCAAGAAAAGAAAAACUUAAAUUCGCACUUCAACUAUGAGACAAUGUUGAAAACCACAGUCAAUAUUUUCUUUGCUGGUACUGAAACAGUUGGGUCUACCUUGAGGUAUGGCUUCCUAAUCAUGUUGAAGCACCCAGAAGUAGCAGAAAAAGUUCAAGAAGAGAUUGACCGAGUUAUUGGUCGAGACAGAAGUCCAUGCAUGGAUGAUAGAAGCAAGAUGCCCUACACGGAAGCUGUUAUCUAUGAGAUUCUGAGAUUUGCAGACAUAGUUCCUAUGAGUGUUCCACAUACUGUAACAAGGGAUAUUGUAUUUCGUGGCUACAGUUUACCUGAGGGUCUUAACAUCAUGACUUUGAUAUGUACAUCUCAAUACGAUCGCGAGAAGUUUAAAAAUCCUAACUCAUUUGACCCAACGCAUUUCUUGGAUGAAAAUGGACUUUUCAAGAAAAAUGAGGCCUUUAUGGCAUUUUCAGCAGGGAAGCGUGUCUGCCUUGGAGAAGGUCUAGCCCAGAUGGAGCUGUUCAUUUUCUUUACCACAAUUCUCCAGAACUUCAACCCAAAACCUAUUGUGGACCCUGCAGAAAUUGACAUUACUCCUGAGAGCAGUGGUUUGGGAAAUCUUCCACGACCUUACAAAAUAUGCCUUAUUCCUCGUUGAGAAUAUAAGAUAGGUAGACAUACUGUACUGUAGGAUUUUUGUAUAGACCAUGUUGUCUGCAUUUCUCAUUUACACUAGCUUUUAAAAAUGACCCUGUAAUUAAAGCGGAUCUGUCAUCAUAA